UUGUCUCAGUAACUGGAGAAAAGUAACCAAGACAGACACAAACCUGGCUUUGAACGUACUGAGCCUGAGCCCCUGCCUGUGACUGUCAAGGUGCUAGGAUUAGACACUUGACAACUGGAGACCCUGUCUGCACUUGCGGAUUUGUCUUCUGGUAAGAGGCGGCAGUCCGUCAACCAGACAGCGGAUGGUUCGGACAGUGACAGGACUGCCUGGGGGACGGGGGCACUGGUGGGAGGGCAGCAGACUGGGUUACCAGGCUGGGCACCUAUUUGGAGGGGACACUGAAAGCUGAGAUCAGGAAAUGAUGGGAGACAGAGGUGGGUGAAGAUAAGAUCAAGGGUGGGGUGUGGGGAGAGGGAGACAGGAGUGGUCCGUCCUGACAGGAAGGAAUAUUUUAUCACCGACAUUGUAGAUGUACCGGCUGAGCGUGGUAAUAGAAAGCAGACAGAUUGUCAGUUGACUGUGUUUUUUGAUUCUUUAGCUAAUGCAAACCCUUCCCACUUGACCCAGGGCAGAUGGCUCCACCACCUUGUCCUCAUCCACCUGGGUGCACGUCUGAUUAGGGAAACCCAUUAUAUUGAGAGUCAUCGAUAUAUUAAAAAACUAACAUCAUGUGGUUUCUUUGUUUAUGGCUUCAAUAACAGAUCUGGUCUCCAGUCCACAAACCGCCAAGCAGAUCUACUUCCAUUAACCUACACCUGCUACUUCCCAGCUGGCCGCCAAAACCCACACAGCGCAACAGACUGCACCAAGACAGGCAAAGGGGGAGUCUUGUCCACAGCUUGCAGUGGGGGGGGGGAUCCCUGACCCCCUCACCUACCCCCCCCCCCCCCCGUUUGGGAUUUAAAUGGAACAGUCCGGAGGCACAGCCGGCAAGGCGGGAGCAAGGAGGGAGAGCUGGGAGGCUGACCUGUGAGUGUGAGGUGCAAAGAACCCCGGAAAGUGCCAGAAAACUCCCCGAGAAAGCCGCCUUUCCGCCCACUCCUCCAACCUCCAGCCUGCCGCACAGCUGCUCCCGGCCAACAACGCUUCGAGGAGGGUGGCAAGAUUCUUCCCCAAAUGCCUGCUCUUAGCCGAUGGCCGAACAAAACGCUUUCGUGGGUUUAUCUUGCUGGUGACGGGGCACACAGAAAGCGGGCUGCCUGCGGCCUGAAGGUCAGCGGGGCUGUUCGUGCUUUAAUUCUAUGAGGCCAAGGACGAUCGCCUCCCGCCUCAUCCCCAGGGCAGCCUCCGUGCCAGCGUGCAUUUGCUCAAAAGCACACAGGAUGAGGCCGCUGCGGGCGGCUGACCCAGGCUGGCCAGCAGAUGAUACCCUUGCCCUUCUCUUGGCCUCCCUGUUAGACCAACACUCUCCCCGGAAAAUGUAUGUGGCUCUAGCUGAGUGUGUCUGUCACGACGGCCGACUCGGGACUCACAAGUCAAGCGCACCCUGUGAGCCCAGACCUCCUCUACCUUGCUCCCCUUCCUAGGCUGCUUCCGAGGCGUCCCUGCUUUCACGCCUGCCCGCUAGGAAGGAUUUGUUUUGUUUUUCGAUGAAUCAACCUGCUGUGUUUUAAAAGGCAUCCAACUGAAGAAUAGCCCUGUGUUUGCCGUCACAGGAAACAGCGACGCAGGCAGUGGCGCUCUCGCUGCGCGUCUCCAAGCAGCGGAGAGGAGAAAUGGACAUGCAACGGUCCCAUGAGCAAGCUCCGAGUCGCUCCGCAUUACGUGCCCUCUAAUCAUCCGCCUGCACACGCGUGCUGCCAGAAACAUCUCAGACCCAGCGACUUGAGCUCUGGAAAGGCCGUCGUCCACCCACGUCGUUUCACACAUGGAGAAACGGAGGCCCAGAGAAGCGAAGUGACAGGUGCAAGCUUUGAGGGCUGCGCAGUGACGGAACUCAAACUGAAACCUAAAUCUCCUGCACCGCGCCUAGAAGAGAAGUAUUACCGAGUGCCCGCCCCCGACCAAGCGGUACAGACACGCAGCGAGACACAGGCCUCUCACACCCGGCUGUGGCGUGGCGGGCUGAGUUCUGAAGCGCCACCGUCUCUCAGGAGGAAAGCAAGCAGGCCGCCACCCACAUCGCCCCUUAACUCCUUUGCACCACUCAGCAGCCAGAGGAAUGUUCUCGAAGCACAAGCCACACAGAGCCGUCUAACAGCAUCGCCUGGCACCUUCUUCCUGUUCUUAAAGACCCAACUCUUGAGCAUGACCUUGGAGGCUCGGCUUGGCCUGGUUCCUGUCAGUCACCGCAGUCUCACUGUCCCCGCCUACCUGCCGCAUUUGCCAUCAGAGCAGCCCCUGCGCCCGUGCACACGCUGUUCCCAUCGUCACAACCGUUUUUCUGUGCCUUAGACCUCGCUAACAUACACCCUUCCUUCUUUCAGCUUUCCCUUCCCCAGAGAAGGCUUCCUUGUCCUUUCAGAGUAAAGCCAGGUCCAGCUUAAACACCCCGACAGCAACAUGUUCUCUUGCCCUCAACGCUUUUAAUUUGAUUUGUUGUUACUAUGAUCACUAAUGAAUCAACAGUGCCUCCACCACUGGACUGCAGGUUGCCAGAAUUUUUCAGGGCUUGCUCACCAGAGUGUUCUGUCACCACCAGCAUGAUGUGGGUGUAGGAGAUGCUCCAUCAAUAAGAAUAUGAGUGAAUAAACACAUGAGAAAUAGAAUAAAAGAAUGUGCAUAAUCCCAGCACUCAAGAG